UUUUUUUUAUCAGUUUCUCGAGGACUCGUGACUUCGGUUCGGAUGAUACGCAUUAUUACGAAUAAUCUUUCCAGCAUUUUUUCUCAUUUUGCUGUAAUUUCGGAAUAAUUUCAUUAUUUGAAAGUGAAACCUUUGUGCUGAAAUAUGGAAAUUGAUGUGUGGAGUGGCGAUUGGGGAUUACCCUCCGUGGAAUACAACUCUUUACAAUUAAUAACACUCGUAAAAUUCUCCGGCGCACAAGCACAAAUCAACAAAACGAACAAUCCUUUCAGAACUCCUGAUGGAAAUUUACCCUUGUUCAAACAUAAUAAGCAACGAAUCUCCAAGUUCCAAGAUGUACUGGCGUACUUGAAUGAGAAGAAUCAUUGUCCUGAUUUGAAUUUGAAUCCGGUUCAAUUAGCUGAAUCUAAAGCGUACAGAACAAUGCUCGAAGAGAAAUUGUUACCAGCGUUGCGGUAUAUAUGGUGGGUCGAUAGUAAAAAUUACACUGAGCUAACGAGACCGUGGUACGCUAAAGCGUUACCUUUUCCAUUAAAUUUUUACUACCCUAAUCGAUACAGACAAGAUAAUGAGCGCAUCUUGAGAUCGCUCAACCCUGAUCGUGAAGAAGAAGAAUAUCAAAGCGAGGUUUACAUAGAAGCAGAGAAGUGUUUGACAUGCUUGAGUAAUCGUCUGGGAGAGUCAAAUUUCUUUUUCGGCGACUACCCUUCAUCGUUGGAUGCUGCAGUAUAUGGCUGUUUAGCACCCUUGUUAAAAGCUCCUUUUCCAUCAAAUGUUCUUCAAAAUCACGUAAAAGCGUCUACAAAUUUAGUCAAAUUUAUUGUACGGAUCUCACAGCGAUAUUUUCCUCAAGAUUUAUCAGAAUAUGAUACCAAAAGGCAAAAAGACACUGAAAAAAAUUCAAAGAAAGCCGAUUUGUUUCCCAACAAAACAAGAAAUCAGAUUUUAGCUGGAUUAUUUGCUCUAGUGGCUAUGCUUACUUAUGGUAUAUCUAAUGGGAUUUUUUCAAUUUCCAUCAGUAGCGUAGAUAGUGAAACUGUCAAUGAAUAUGAUGAUGAAGAGCUCGAUGAAUAAAUACGUAUAAUUUAGGUUCUUUUUUUGCACGUUUUCAUAUUGCUGCGUUUAUGUACAUUUUGCCGAAUAAAAUUCUCGUAAAUGAUA